GACCCCGUGCCUCAUCUCUCAUCCCGACCCACGUUCGGCUACCCGUGUCGCCACUCGGCCUCCCGACUCCGACGUUCAGUCGCACCCUCGCAUCGCGGACGGCGCGUACUCUGUACGUUUUCGCACAUUGACACGCGUCGGAAACGGGAUUACCGCGAGCAAAGAUACGCUCGCACCACCGAUAGCAGUUAGCGAGAAGGAAGGCUCUGUAAAAGUGAUAAGGAAUACGAAUACAUUUGAGAGAUACCAAGGAUGAGGCUCCUCGCGGUCGCCCUGGGCUUCCUUCUUCAGGCGUGGAUCGUGUCCUGUGGGACAAGACCCAGCUUCGUUUCCGAUCAGAUGAUCGCGACCGCAGCUAGUGUCGUGAACGCCUGCCAAACGCAAACGGGAGUUGCCACAGCCGACAUAGAAGCGGUAAGAAAUGGUCAAUGGCCGGAAACACGUCAACUGAAGUGCUACAUGUAUUGCCUCUGGGAACAAUUCGGUUUGGUUGACGACAAGAGAGAGCUAAGUCUAAACGGGAUGCUGACGUUUUUCCAGAGAAUACCCGCUUAUAGAGCCGAAGUCGAGAAAGCGAUCAGCGAGUGCAAGGGGAUUGGUAACUAUUUGGCGAAGGGCGAUAAUUGUGAAUAUGCGUACGCGUUCAAUAAAUGCUACGCGGAGCUAUCUCCUAGGACUUACUAUCUGUUCUAAUGAGCGAGGCGAAGGCGACGCGUAAGAAGACCAAGAACAAAAUGCUCAAGAUACAAUUCCGUGUCGAGAUGUUUUUACGUUUAAAUCAUUUCCCACUUUAUCAUGUAACCGCUGUACAUGUUGUAUUGCGUAAACCGUAUACGAAUAUGUGUCGAUGAAAUAAAGAAUUUAGCGAUCUAA